AUGGCCUAUCAAGGCCCUCCCGGAGGAGGUUAUGGCGACGGGCACAGACUGCAAGAUAUGCCCCCAGGAAACCAAUACCAUUUGCCUCCGCAUGAUAAUUCUGACGAGGAGGAUGAACGAGCUCUACUGCACGAAGGUCACGGUCCUUUCGCAGGACCUUUCGAUGAGCCCCACUCGCGAACAGCAACUCCACCCGUCCGACCAGCCUCUAACUAUACGUUAUCUGAAUCAUAUGUUGGCGAUGGUAAAUCUUCAGCAACUUCACACAGCGGUGGCUAUCACGAAAACUACCUCCAAGACCCAACCGCCGCCUUUGGCGUGCCAGGACGAACCCCAUCUCCGUAUGAAAGGAGCGAUUCCGGGUCAACUGAAGCAUGGCGGCAGAGACAAGCCCCUGGAGCGAGCUUGAAACGAUAUGCAACUCGAAAAGUCAAGCUCAUUCAGGGCCAAGUCCUGAGCGUUGAUUAUCCCGUCCCUAGUGCUAUCCAGAACGCUGUCCAGGCCAGGUACCGUAAUGAUCUGGAAGGAGGAAGCGAAGAAUUCACCCAUUUGAGAUAUACUGCCGCGACGUGCGAUCCAAACGAGUUCACACUUAAGAAUGGCUACAAUCUCCGACCUGCAAUGUAUAAUCGACAUACAGAACUUUUGAUCGCCAUUACAUACUAUAAUGAAGACAAGGUCUUGACAGCUCGAACCCUGCAUGGGGUCAUGCAGAACAUUCGGGACAUCGUGAAUAUCAAAAGGACUGAGUUCUGGAACAAAGGUGGGCCUGCCUGGCAGAAAAUAGUAGUGGCAUUGAUUUUCGAUGGAAUCGAUCCAUGCGACAAAGGAACUCUUGAUGUCCUCGCAACUGUUGGUAUCUAUCAAGACGGUAUCAUGAAAAAAGACGUUGAUGGUAAAGAGACUGUUGCACACAUUUUCGAAUACACUACCCAACUUUCCGUGACGGCAAAUCAGAAGCUAGUUCAGCCUCAAGAUGAAAGUCCCGCCACUUUACCGCCUGUGCAAAUGAUUUUCUGCUUGAAGCAGAAGAAUAGCAAGAAGAUCAAUUCCCACAGGUGGCUCUUCAAUGGUUUUGGUCGCAUUUUGAACCCGGAAGUAUGCAUCCUGAUUGACGCCGGGACGAAACCUGGCGCAAAAUCCCUCUUGGCUCUCUGGGAGGCUUUCUACAACGACAAAGAUCUCGGUGGAGCCUGUGGGGAGAUCCAUGCUAUGUUAGGACCGGGCUGGAGAAAUCUUAUAAACCCACUUGUGGCUUCGCAGAAUUUUGAGUACAAAAUCAGCAACAUUUUGGACAAGCCCUUGGAGAGUUCCUUUGGCUAUGUGAGCGUGUUACCAGGAGCAUUCUCGGCCUACCGAUUCCGUGCAAUUAUGGGCAGACCCCUCGAGCAAUAUUUCCAUGGAGACCAUACAGCAACUCUUAUCAACAAGGGGAAAGGCAUCGAGAAUAUGAAUAUCUUCAAGAAGAAUAUGUUCUUGGCCGAGGACCGCAUCCUUUGCUUUGAGCUCGUUGCCAAAGCCGGGGCCAAAUGGCAUUUAACCUACGUCAAAGCAUCUAAAGCUGAGACUGAUGUACCUGAAGGGGCUCCCGAAUUCAUUGGUCAACGCCGCCGCUGGCUAAAUGGCUCCUUCGCAGCAAGCAUAUACUCGUUGAUGCACUUCGGAAGGAUGUAUAAGAGCAGUCACAAUAUAGUCCGCAUGAUCUUCUUCCACGUACAGAUGCUGUACAACGUGUUCUCUGUGAUUCUCGCGUGGUUUGCUUUAGCGGCAUUCUGGCUUACGACCAGCGUGAUCAUGGAUCUUGUCGGCCUCCCCGGCCAGGCAAAUGACAAUCACGCGUUUCCCUUUGGAAAUACGGUAACUCCCAUUGUCAAUACCGUAUUCAAGUACCUCUAUCUUGCGUACGUCAUGCUGCAAUUUAUUCUUGCAUUAGGAAAUCGACCAAAGGGUUCGCGAUGGACAUACAUCAGCUCUUUCAUCGUCUUCGCAGUCAUUCAACUAUACCUAAUCGUGUUAUCCUUGUAUCUGGUCAUUCGUGCUUUUACGGUUCACAAGGAGGGACAGACCUCAAUCGACCUCGACGAUGGAGUGAGCCCGUUUUUCAGAUCCUUCUUCUCCUCAUCCAGCGUAGGGAUCAUCAUUAUCGCCCUCGUCGCCACAUUCGGAUUGUACUUUGUCGCCUCCUUCAUGUACCUUGACCCGUGGCACAUGUUCACCUCGUUCCCUCAAUACCUUUUGACUAUGUCAUCCUACAUCAACAUUCUCAUGGUCUAUGCCUUCAGUAAUUGGCAUGAUGUUUCUUGGGGAACAAAAGGCUCGGACAAGGCAGACGUCUUACCGUCUGCACAAACAACCAAAUCCGGAGAUGGAAAGGCAGCGGUCAUUGAGGAACCGGACAAACCACAGGCAGAUAUUGAUAGUCAAUUUGAAGUCACCGUCAAGAGGGCACUGCAGGAAUACAAAGACCCUGUUGUUGUCGAGAAGAAGACCCUGGACGAUUCGUACAAAAGCUUCAGAACGAAGUUGGUUACUGCUUGGAUCUUCUCUAACGCAUUGCUCGCAGUUGUUAUUACUAGCGAAAGUUUUGACAAAUUUGGGCUCUCGGUAUGUCUCCACGAUUCUGAUCACAAGAAGGAAAACUGA